GCGUCAGCCCACCCGGAGGCCCCGGGAGAGACUUUGCACCGAGGUCUCCGUAGGUGCAACUUGGUGACUCGUGAAUCCCCGGGGUUCGAGGCGGCUGUCCCUCCACCCUCGCGAUCCACGAUGCCCAGGGGUCCGGGACCCCGGCUGCCGCCGCCGCCGCUGCUGCUGCUGGCCGCGGCCCUGUGCCUGGGCACCGUGGUGCCCGCCGUCGGAGCCUCGAGGAGCAAGCGGCAGGCUCAGCAGAUCGUGCAGCCCCAGUCCCCGGUGCCCGUCAGUCAAAGCAAGCCUGGUUGUUAUGACAACGGGAAACACUAUCAGAUAAACCAACAGUGGGAACGGACCUACUUGGGCAAUGCUUUGGUUUGUACAUGUUAUGGAGGGAGCCGAGGCUUUAACUGCGAGAGUAAACCUGAAACUGAAGAAACUUGCUUUGACAAGUACACUGGGAACACUUACCGCGUGGGUGACACUUAUGAGCGCCCUAAAGAUUCCAUGAUCUGGGAUUGUACCUGCAUCGGAGCUGGACGAGGGAGGAUCAGCUGCACCAUUGCAAAUCGCUGCCAUGAAGGGGGCCAGUCCUACAAGAUUGGUGACACCUGGAGGAGACCACAUGAGACCGGUGGUUACAUGUUAGAGUGUGUGUGUCUUGGUAAUGGGAAAGGAGAAUGGACCUGCAAGCCUAUAGACAGAUGCAAUGAUCAGGACACACGGACUUCCUAUAGAAUUGGAGACACUUGGAGCAAGAAGGAUAAUCGAGGGAACAUGCUCCAGUGUGUCUGCACAGGCAAUGGCAGAGGGGAAUGGAAAUGUGAGAGGCAUGCAUCUCUGCAGACCACAUCCUCUGGAUCUGGCUCCUUCUCAGAUGUCCGGACAGCUAUUUAUCAGCCCCAGCCUCAACCCCAGCCGGGUCCCUACGGCCACUGUGCAUCCGACAGCGGUGUCUUCUACUCUGUGGGGAUGCAGUGGUUGAAGACCCAAGGAAAUAAGCAAAUGCUGUGCACUUGCCUGGGCAAUGGAGUCAGCUGCCAGGAGACAGCUGUGACUCAGACUUAUGGCGGCAAUUCAAAUGGAGAGCCCUGCGUCCUCCCCUUCACCUACAACGGCCGCACCUUCUACUCCUGCACCACAGAAGGGCGGCAGGAUGGACAUCUGUGGUGUAGCACAACUUCAAAUUAUGAGCAGGACCAGAAGUAUUCUUUCUGUACCGACCAUACUGUUUUGGUGCAGACUCGAGGUGGAAAUUCCAAUGGUGCCUUGUGCCACUUUCCUUUCCUGUACAACAACCACAACUAUACUGAUUGUACUUCUGAGGGCAGGAGGGAUAACAUGAAAUGGUGUGGAACCACACAGAACUAUGAUGUUGACCAGAAAUUUGGAUUCUGUCCCAUGGCUGCCCAUGAGGAGAUCUGUACAACCAAUGAGGGAGUUAUGUAUCGCAUUGGAGAUCAGUGGGAUAAACAGCAUGACAUGGGUCACAUGAUGAGGUGCACGUGUGUUGGGAAUGGUCGUGGAGAGUGGACGUGUGUCGCCUACUCCCAGCUCCGAGAUCAGUGCAUUGUUGAUGACAUCACGUACAAUGUGAAUGAUACAUUCCACAAGCGUCAUGAAGAGGGUCACAUGUUGAACUGCACCUGCUUUGGCCAGGGCCGGGGCAGAUGGAAGUGUGAUCCCAUUGACCAGUGUCAGGAUUCAGAAACCCGGACAUUUUAUCAAAUCGGAGACUCGUGGGAGAAGUACGUGCAUGGCGUCAGAUACCAGUGCUAUUGCUAUGGCCGGGGCAUUGGGGAGUGGCAUUGCCAGCCUCUGCAGUCCUACCCAGGUACAAGUGGUCCUGUCCAAGUAAUUAUCACUGAAACCCCCAGCCAGCCCAACUCUCACCCUAUCCAGUGGAAUGCACCAGAACCAUCUCAUAUCACUAAGUACAUCCUUAGGUGGAGACCUAAAACUUCUACGGGCCGUUGGAAGGAAGCCACCAUCCCAGGCCACUUAAACUCAUACACUAUCAAAGGCCUGACCCCAGGUGUGAUAUACGAGGGGCAGCUCAUCAGCAUCCAGCAGUAUGGCCAGAGAGAGGUGACCCGCUUCGACUUCACCACAAGCCCGAGCACACCUGUCACCAGCAACACUGUGACAGGAGAGACAGCACCCUUUUCUCCCGUUGUGGCCACUUCUGAGUCGGUGACUGAAAUCACAGCCAGCAGCUUUGUGGUCUCAUGGGUCUCUGCUUCGGACACCGUGUCAGGAUUCCGAGUGGAGUAUGAGCUGAGUGAAAAGGGCGGUGAACCACAGUAUCUUGACCUUCCAAGCACAGCCACUUCUGUGAACAUUCCUGACCUGCUUCCUGGCCGAAAGUACAUUGUCAAUGUCUAUCAGAUAUCUGAAGAAGGAAAACAGAGUUUGAUCCUGUCAACGUCGCAGACUACAGCACCUGAUGCCCCUCCUGACCCUACCGUGGACCAAGUUGAUGACACUUCCAUUGUUGUUCGAUGGAGCAGACCCCAGGCACCCAUCACCGGAUACAGAAUUGUCUACUCACCAUCACUAGAAGGCAGUAGCACAGAACUGAACCUUCCCGAGACUGCCAAUUCCGUGACCCUCAGUGACCUGCAGCCUGGUGUGCAGUAUAACAUCACCAUCUAUGCUGUGGAAGAAAAUCAAGAAAGCACACCUGUUUUCAUCCAACAAGAAACUACUGGUGUCCCACGUACAGAUAAAGUGUCCCCUCCCAGGGACCUGCAGUUUGUGGAGGUGACAGAUGUGAAGGUCACCAUCAUGUGGACGCCUCCUGAGAGUGCGGUAACUGGCUACCGUGUGGAUGUGCUCCCUGUCAACUUGCCUGGGGAGCAUGGGCAGAGGCUGCCUGUCAGCAGGAACACGUUCGCAGAGAUCUCCGGGCUGACCCCUGGCGUCACUUACUACUUCAAAGUCUUCGCUGUGAACCAAGGGAGAGAAAGCAAGCCUCUGAUCGCACAACAGACUACCAAACUGGAUCCUCCCACGAAUCUCCAGUUUACCAAUGAAACAGAUACGACUGUGAUGGUGACCUGGACUCCACCUCGGGCCCGGAUCGCAGGCUACCGACUGACCGUGGGCCUGACCCGAGGAGGCCAGCCUAAGCAGUACAACGUGGGGCCCUCAGCUUCCAAGUACCCGCUGCGGAAUCUGCAGCCUGGCUCUGAAUACACCGUCAGCCUAGUAGCUGUGAAAAGCAACCAACAAAGCCCCAAAGCCACUGGUGUCUUUACCACUCUGCAGCCUGUGUCUUCCAUUCCGCCUUACAACACAGAGGUGACUGAGACCACCAUUGUCAUCACAUGGACGCCUGCUCCAAGAAUUGGUUUUAAGCUGGGUGUACGCCCAAGCCAAGGAGGGGAAGCACCCCGAGAGGUAACUUCAGAAACAGGAAGCGUCAUGGUAUCUGGGUUGACUCCAGGUGUGGAAUACACUUAUACCGUCCAAGUCCUAAGAGACGGGCAGGAACGGAACAUCCCGCCAAUUGUGAACACAGUAGUGACACCAUUGUCUCCUCCAACAAACUUGCACUUGGAGACACACCCGGACACUGGCGUGCUUGUAGUCUCCUGGGAGAGAAGCACUACACCAGAUAUUACUGGCUAUAGAAUCACCACAACUCCAACAGAUGGGCAGCAGGGAACUUCUUUGGAAGAAGUGGUUCAUGCUGAUCAGAGUUCCUGCACUUUUGAAAACCUGAAUCCUGGCUUGGAAUACAAUGUCAGUGUUUAUACUGUCAAAGAUGACAAGGAAAGUGUUCCUAUCUCUGAUACCAUCAUCCCAGCGGUCCCUCCUCCCACUGACCUGAGAUUCACCAAUAUCGGCUCAGACACUAUGCGUGUCACAUGGGCUCCACCUCCAUCCAUUGAACUGACUAACCUCUUGGUACGCUACUCACCCGUGAAGAAUGAAGAAGAUGUGGCAGAGCUGUCCAUUUCUCCGUUAGACAAUGCAGUGGUCUUAACAAAUCUCCUGCCUGGAACUGAAUAUUUAGUCAGUGUCUCCAGUGUCUAUGAACAACAUGAGAGCGUCCCUCUUAGAGGAAGAGAGAAAACACGUCUUGAUUCCCCAACUGGCAUUGACUUUUCCGAGAUCACUACCAACUCUUUCACAGUGCACUGGAUUGCUCCUCGAGCUCCCAUCACUGGUUACAAGAUUCGCCACCAUCCUGAACACUUUAGUGGGAGACCUCGAGAAGAUAGAGUGCCCCCCAACCGCAAUUCCAUCACCCUCAGCAACCUCAUUCCAGGCACGGAGUAUGUGGUCAGCAUUGUUGCUCUUUAUGGCCGAGAGGAAAGCCAACCCUUAGUUGGCCAACAACCAACAGUUUCUGAUACCCCAAGGGACUUGGAAGUCAUUGCUUCAACUCCUACCAGCCUCCUGAUCAGCUGGGAGCCUCCAGCAGUCACCGUGAGGUACUACAGGAUCACCUAUGGAGAAACAGGAGGAAAUAGCCCUGUCCAGGAGUUCACUGUGCCUGGGAGCAAGUCCACAGCUACCAUCAGCAACCUGAAGCCUGGAGCAGAUUAUACCAUCACCUUAUAUGCUAUUGUUGGCCGUGGGGACAGCCCAGCCAGCAGCAAGCCAGUUUCCAUUGAUUAUCGAACAGAAAUUGGCAAACCGUCUGAGAUGCAAGUGACUGAUGUUCAAGACAACAGCAUUAGUGUCAGGUGGCUGCCUUCAAGUUCUCCUGUCACUGGCUACCGAGUGACUACCACACCUAAGAAUGGCCAGGGACCCUCCAAAUCAAAAACUGUGGGUCCAGAUGAAACAGAAAUGACCAUUGAAGGCUUACAGCCCACUGUCGAAUAUGUGGUUAGUGUCUAUGCUCAGAACCAAAAUGGAGAGAGCCAGCCCCUGGUUCAGACUGCAGUGACCAACAUUGAUCGCCCUAAAGGACUGACAUUCACUGAUGUGGAUGUUGAUUCCAUCAAAAUUGCUUGGGAAAGCCCACAGGGGCAAGUUUCCAGGUACAGGGUGACCUACUCGAGCCCUGAGGAUGGAAUCCAUGAGCUAUUCCCUGCACCUGAUGGUGAAGAAGACACUGCAGAGCUGAAAGGCCUCAGGCCGGGUUCUGAGUACACAGUCAGUGUGGUUGCCUUGCACGGUGACAUGGAGAGCCAGCCCUUGAUUGGAACCCAGUCCACAGCUAUUCCUCCUCCAACCAACCUGAAGUUCACUCAGGUCACACCCACAAGCCUGAGUGCCCAGUGGACAGCACCCAAUAUUCAGCUCACUGGAUACCGAGUGCGUGUGACCCCCAAGGACAAGACGGGCCCCAUGAAGGAGAUCCACCUUUCUCCUGAUAGCUCUUCCGUGGUUGUAUCAGGGCUCAUGGUGGCCACCAAAUAUGAAGUGAGUGUUUCUGCUCUUAAGGACUCAUUGACAAGCAAACCGGCCCAGGGAGUGGUCACCACUCUGGAAAACGUCAGCCCUCCAAGAAGAGCCCGCGUGACGGAUGCUACGGAGACCACAAUCACCAUUAGCUGGCGAACCAAGACUGAGACUAUUACAGGCUUCCAAGUUGAUGCCAUCCCAACGACUGGCCAGACCCCAGUUCAGAGAAUCAUCAGCCCAGAUGUCAGGAGCUAUACCAUCACAGGUUUACAACCAGGCACUGACUACAAGAUCCACCUGUACACCCUGAAUGACAAUGCCCGGAGCUCCCCUGUGAUCAUUGAUGCCUCUACUGCCAUUGAUGCACCAUCCAACCUGCACUUCCUGACCACCACACCCAACUCUGUGCUGUUAUCAUGGCAGCCACCCCGUGCCAGAAUUACUGGCUACAUUAUCAAGUAUGAGAAGCCUGGGUCCCCUCCCAGAGAAGUAGUCCCUCGGCCCCGCCCAGGUGUCACAGAGGCUACCGUUACUGGCUUGGAACCAGGAACUGAGUACACGUUCUAUGUCAUUGCCCUGAAGAACAACCAGAAGAGUGAGCCUCUGAUUGGAAGGAAAAAGACAGAUGAGCUUCCCCAACUGGUAACCCUUCCACACCCCAAUCUUCACGGACCAGAAAUCUUGGAUGUUCCCUCCACAGUUCAAAAGACCCCUUUCAUCACCACCAAUCCUGGGUAUGACACCGGAAAUGGUAUUCAGCUUCCUGGCACAUCCCAUCAGCAGCCCAGUGUUGGGCAACAAAUGAUCUUUGAGGAACAUGGUUUUAGGCGGACCACACCACCUACCGCGGCCACCCCAGUAAGGCUCAGGCCACAGCCAUACACACCGAACGUAGAUGAGGAGAUCCAAAUUGGUCACGUCCCCAGGGGAGACGUAGACUACCACCUCUAUCCUCACGUUCUGGGACUCAAUCCAAAUGCCUCUACAGGACAAGAAGCGCUCUCUCAGACAACCAUCUCUUGGACCCCAUUCCAGGAAAGCUCUGAGUACAUCAUUUCAUGUAAUCCUGUUGGCACCGAUGAUGAACCCUUACAGUUCCGAGUUCCUGGCACUUCUUCCGCUGCCACUCUGACAGGCCUGACCAGGGGGACCACCUACAAUAUCAUAGUGGAGGCCAUGAAAGACCAGAGGAGGCACAAAGUGCGGGAGGAGGUUGUUACAGUGGGCAACUCUGUCAACGAAGGCCUGAACCAACCCACCGAUGACUCAUGCUUUGACCCCUACACAGUUUCCAAUUAUGCCAUUGGAGAGGAAUGGGAGCGGUUGUCUGAAUCUGGCUUUAAGCUCACGUGCCAGUGCUUAGGCUUUGGCAGUGGUCAUUUCAAAUGCGAUUCAUCUAAAUGGUGCCAUGACAAUGGUGUGAACUACAAGAUUGGAGAGAAGUGGGAUCGGCAGGGAGAAAACGGCCAGAUGAUGAGCUGCACGUGUCUCGGGAAUGGAAAAGGAGAAUUCAAGUGUGAUCCUCAUGAAGCUACAUGCUAUGAUGAUGGGAAGACAUACCAUGUAGGCGAACAGUGGCAGAAGGAAUACCUGGGGGCCAUUUGCUCCUGCACAUGCUUCGGAGGCCAGCGGGGCUGGCGCUGUGACAACUGCCGCAGACCGGGAGCUGAAUCCAGUCCUGAGGGCACCACUGGCCACUCCUACAACCAGUAUUCGCAGAGAUACCACCAGAGAACGAACACUAAUGUUAAUUGUCCAAUUGAGUGCUUCAUGCCGUUAGAUGUCCAGGCUGACAGAGAAGAUUCCAGAGAGUAAUAUUUGCAACCCAAAGGAGCAAGCGUGUCUCUCUCUUUCUCUGCCGAGGUCCAUCCAAACUAGAGUGAUGCAGCAGAUCUCAUGUUUGAGUGUUCGUUUCUUUCUUAUGCCUUUUGCCCUGGAGUUAAGACCUCCAGCUUCAGCGCGACUCACAGCUUGUCCGAAAGCAUCACCCUGGGAGGGUUUUGAGAUAUUUCUCGUGUAAGGGCAGCGUACUGCCUGCUCUGCUUCAGAAUAUUCAGUACCGCUCAGUAUUUUUUAAAGAAAUGAUUCUCAGUGUGAUUUGGUUUGGGAUCCAUAGAGAAGCAUAUGCAGCCAACCAAGAUGCAAAAUGUAUUGACUGAUACUAGAAAAAUUUUUCAAUAGGAAAGUUACCCAAACACUUCUGCUUUCAUUUAACUGUCCAGGCCCCUCGACUAUCGAUAUGGCAUACUGUGAUGUUUGAAAUUUUUUUUCACAGUACUUACUUUCAGAAGAUUUUAAUAAUUGCCUGGAAAUACCUUUCUCUUACCUGUUAUUUAUCAAUUUUUCCCAGUAUUUUUAUACGGAAAAAAUUGUAUUGAAGACACUUAGUAUGCAGUUGAUAAGAGGAAUUUGGUAUGAUUAUGGUUGGUGAUUAUUUUUUAUACUGUAUGUGCCAAAGCUUUACUACUGUGGAAAGAAACUGUUUUAAUAAAAGAUUUACAUUCCA